UUGUUGAGAGCAAUUUCUAUUUUAAAAAAUGGCGACUCCCACGAAGUGAUUUGAAGAUCACUUCCGUACACAAACAUUCGCUAUCGAACACUUCAUUUUGACAGACGUCUGCGUUUUAAGGGAUUUUGAGUGCUGUUUAACACUCUUCAAUGUUUUGGUCUGAUUAUAAUCGUCUGUAUCCUGGUGAUUCUGGAGCUAGCGGCAGCCAAAUGGAUGAUGACUUCGUAUACGUUGACUCGGCCUCCAGCGCCAGCGGCGGCCAGGGUUACCCCGGCGGUAGUGGCGGCGGCAGAGGAAGGGAUGAAGAGCUUCUACGAGAUGCAUACGAUUUUGCGUUGAAAGCAACAGAACAGGACAGCUUGGGCCAAUACAGAACUGCUAUGUUCUAUUACGUGGAGGCUAUCCAAGCUAUGUACAAUGCUCACCUUGCAAACCCAACCAAGGGUCUAUCAGGAAAAUAUGCAGAGUAUGUCACAAGAGUGAAGGCACUGAAAAACAUGGUCAAUAACACAGCAGGAAGCAGUCAUGUUGGUGCAGCGAGCGUUCAACCCGGAGUGAGCGCGGAGGCUGAGAGAGCAAACUUUCUGAUCCGUCAGGCGUUUGAACUGGAGGAGGAAGGAGGAAAGGAGGGAGAUGACGAGGCAGCAGGACUCUACCUCAAUGCAGCUGAGCUCUGCAUUAAAGCCAGUAAAACAAGUACUCCGGACCAAAAGGCAAAGUUGAGUCGACUUGCAAAGCAGGCCCUUGACAGGGCAGAGGCUUUGAAGAAGAAGUCCAUUACCCAAAGUCUUCCAUCCCCUCCGCGGAACCAGCUCCCCUCCAAGAACCAGAAUCUACCAGAUGACAGUCCCAUCUUCAACCUUCCGGAGAUUCCCCGCGAUCUCCCCAGCCUAGACACCGGACCACCCUCCCCCGCUACUGGUAAAAACACCCCUAAAGAAAAUGGAAGAGGCAGGAGUACCAGUGGGUCUGCAGGCGGUUCCACUGCAUCGGGCGGGGGUGGUGGUGGUGGUGGAGGUGGAGGUGGAGGUGGAGGUGGAGGUGGAGGUAACAGCGGAGGAGGCGGUAAAUACACUCCAGAGGAGAUUGCUGUGCUUAGAAAAACAUCGGACAUCAAUGGUCGAGCGUAUCUUCCAUUUAUGUCCCAGGCAGACCUUAAAGAAAGAUUUGCAUAUCCUGUGCCUUUCACGGAUAAGGAUGGCAAGCUUGUUCUGUGCACCAAGCAGAAGGAGAGGUUGAAUAAAUGGGUGCGGCCUUCUGAUAUCUGCAGUGAUCCUAAAAUCAUCUACGCUGUAUCAAGCUUCAGUGUUAAACAGACCAUUGUGCAGGACUGUUCCUUCCUUGCAUCACUAGCAAUAUCAGCCAAUUAUGAAAGAAGGUUCAAGAAACAUCUACUCACAAACAUCAUCUACCCCCAGGAUAGGAGUCAUAAACCAAUCUACAAUCCCUGUGGGAAGUAUAUGGCUAUCCUCUGGAUCAAUGGAGUCAAGAGAAAGGUGAUUUUUGAUGACUACCUCCCUGUAGACAAGCAUGGCGACCUCUUGUGUUCAUUCUCGUCCAACCGCAAUGAAUUCUGGGUGUCCUUGCUGGAGAAGGCCUACAUGAAGGUCAUGGGAGGCUAUGAUUUCCCUGGAUCCAACUCGAACAUUGACCUUCACGCCCUGACCGGCUGGAUCCCUGAGAGAGUAGCCAUCAGGCAGAACACUCCUGGCUUCGACGCUGACAAGGUCUUCAAGAAGCUCUACGAACGCUUCCACAGAGGGGAGGUUCUUGCUACCGUUGCGACAGGGAUGUUACCUGAGGCUGAUGCUGACAGGGCAGGGCUGGUUCCAACCCAUGCGUACGCCAUGCUCGACAUCAGAGAGAUACAGGGUAAGAAGCUACUCCAGCUGAAGAACCCUUGGAGUCAUCUGAGAUGGAAAGGAAGAUUCUCAGAGGAGGACACCACCAACUGGACUCCAGAACUCCAGAAGGCUCUCAACUUUGACCCCAAGAAUGCACAAGAAUUUGACAAUGGUGUAUUCUGGAUAGACCUUGCCUCCUUGUGUAACUUCUUUGAUGUGAUCUACAUGAACUGGAAUCCAUCUCUCUUUCCUCGUUCCUACGUCAUGCAUGGUAUGUGGUCAGCAGCAGAAGGCCCUAAGAAGGACAACAUCAACAUCGGUAACAACCCUCAGUAUCGUCUAGAGGUCAAAGGACUUGGUGCUGUUUGGAUUCUUCUCACAAGGCACAUCACAGACAAGGAUGACUUUGCUGAUAACAAAGAGUUCAUCACCCUACUGGUCUACAAGGGUGGCAAGAAGGUCUACUACCCAAAUGACCCCGGCCCUUUCAUGGAUGGGACGCGUAUCAACAGCCCUCACUACCUGUGCAAGAUGAUAGUCAAUGAUAAGAGCUCUAACAUCUAUACCAUCAUUGUGUCACAGUUUGAGAAGAACAACUCCAUCCACUACACACUCAGGGCAUAUUCCACAUGUGAAUUCAAGCUCUCCAAGAUAGUGGAUCCCUACAAACACACCAAGAAUUUCACUGGUGAGUGGAAGGGGAAGACUGCAGGAGGCUGUGCCAACAACAGAGAAACAUACAUCAACAAUCCUAUCUACCAAGUAUGUCUUCAAGACAACAGCAGGGGAAACUCCCUACUUAUCGACCUCAAAGGACCAAAGACCUAUCACGUGGGCUUCGAGGUGAUCUGUGUCUCAUCUGAAGGGAAAGGCAGUGCACAAUUUGAGAAGAAGAUGAGUGGAGACUAUCGGCAUGGAUUCACGAUACUGGAGCUGGAAGACGUUCCCGGUGGGGUCUACAACAUCCGACCUACGACCUUUAGCCAGGGUCAGGAGUCGCCAUUCUUCCUCACCAUCUCAUCGUCAUGCGCCAUGAAGGUCGUUCAUCUCCAAUGAGACGCAAAAGAAAUGCCUUGAUGAUGGAAGUAAAUCUGUGAUUGAAAUGUGAUAAUAAUAAUAAUGGUGGGUUCUUGUAUAGCACUCAUUUUUGUCAGACUUGACACUCCUGGCGCUCCCGAUUAUUACUCUGGC